GCCUGGGUGCCAGUGCAGCUCCCUCCGGCUUCCACAACUUCAGCACGGCGAUGCUAUCAGAAAAAGUGCAUUAUCGGCAAGUUACACGCGGGAAACACUAGACUUUUCAUUUUUAUUUAUUUUUUUUAAAGAAGUUGCCGAUCUCAAUUAUUUUCAAACAAUUUUGAAUGUUGUAACAUCAACAAAACAAUUUCCCAUCUCGGUGUUUGUUGCUCGAAGACAGGAGGAUAUUCUUGAUGGCGUCUCAGCAGUCUAGAAUUCAAUCCUACCUGGAAAAGAACAGGAUUGGCCCCCUGUUUGAGGAAAUGAUGACAAAACUAAUAACGGAGACACCCGACAAGCCAAUUCCAUUUUUAAUAAGCCACCUGCAAAAUAAACAAGGAAGUCCCAACCAGCUCCAAAGAAGAUUUUCAGGCUCAGCUGCACUCUGGGCUGAAACUGGUAAAAAAGGGAUGCAGCGAGAUUGUAGAGGUUAUGAAAAACCAUGGCUUACAAAUGCUAAAAAGCCAAAAAAGUCGAAAAGUGACCUUGUAAUGUCCAACAUAUCACCAUCACCAGAAUCAAAAUCCUUACCAAGGUCAAUGGAACAUGCGGCUUGGGAUUGGCAAAGAAAACCGGAAAGCCACAACUUUGAUGAACUGAAUCACAUCCUUCAGGAAAGCAAGAAGCUGGGCAAAGCCUUGGAAAACCUCUCACGCAGUAUUGGUGCUCCGGAUGAAUUUGAUCAGGAUCUACGGGCUUAUAAUUCGUCCCUUGUCAGACCUCGAGUGGUUGGAGAAUGGGUUGGUCGUGAGGAAACCGAUGCUGAUCCUUUAGCUGCAGAGAUGCUCCAGCCUCCCAUACCUAGAAUUAAGGAUGAAACUGAAGAGGCCCACAGCCCUGGAAGCGUGAAAUUGGAGCAGAAGAGUAAAGGCUUGAGACAACAGCAGCAGCAGCACAAGAAGCUUUUAGCUGCAAUGCUGUCCCAGGAUUCCUUCGACUCUGUGCGUAGUGCAGCACCAUCCAUGACUGAGGAAGACAUCGAGGCUGAGGAUGAUGCUAUGGAAUUACUGGAGGACCUGGAUGAUUUGAGGAUGGAGGGCAUUACUGAUCACGUGCCGUCUGGUAACAGGUUUAGCCAAGGUCGAAGCCUAUACUCUGCAGAGCCUCAAGCCAAAGUUACACUCAACAUCUGCUCGAGGUGUGCCAGAUUCCAGGGAGAUAGUUUAAUGGAAGAAUCUGAUGAUGGAACACAGAUGUCGCAUUCCCCUGAACAAGCAGUCCCUAACCCCUGUACAGCUUCUCCAUUGCUGGGGGUGGAAAGAGUGAUGCAAGAUGAAGAAGAAUUUGAGAGUGCUUCUCAAGUGUCAGGGACUCGCCAACCAUUCUGGGAAUCCUGUAUGUUGUCAAACCAAAGUGGAGCUUCCUUGAAUCAAAAGCAGUCAAAAGAUUUCUCAGCCUCAAAGAAACUGUUAGCAGUGGAGAAGCAGCUCAAUGAACUUGACAAGGAUCUUGCUGCAAAAGCACUAACAAUUGAAUCUGAAAUGCAACGGAGUUCCAGUAUUCAAAGUAGAAUAAGUAUGUCAAAUUACCAUGGAAGUCUGUCGCAAACAUUAUUGGGCCAAAGUUCUAGACCUCAAAUACCAUCAGGUCCUAUUGGGAAAGAUUUUCCACUGAUCCAAGGAAGCAAACUAUUGCAGAGUUCCAGUAACCAAAGCAGCAGGCCAGAGACUCCAAAUGGCCAGCAUACCAGAUCUCGAACAUCAUCAGCACAAGCAAGCAGGCCUGCAACGCUGAACAGUCAAUUAUUUCAAAGUCCGCUUUCUAGCCAACCAGUGACUAAAGAAGAAGCAUUCAGUAAUCCAAAGAACAAACUGACAACAUUUACAACUCAAGCUGGGAGAUCCCUUGGUUCUCCAAUUAGUCAGGCUGGAGUUACAGCUGGGAAUAUUUCACAAAGGAGCUAUUUUUCAGAGGAUGAAUCUUUUCCACAGUCGUUAGCUACUCGCCAACCAUGGACUUUACCCAGUAAUACAGAUAAUGAAGGUGCGGAUCCUGGUCAGGACAAGUGUUUAUGACCUGACAAAGUGAUUUCCAGAGAGAUUUAUAACAUGUUACUCAGUAGAAGACAAAUGAAAAGCUUGAAUAUCUUCUGUGCAUUGAAGUAAAACUACACAAUUUUUAUAUUUUUAUAAGGACAACCA